AUAAGAUACAUCUCUGAAAGUGUGAUUAAAAGUUAUCAUUUACUCCGUAACAGUGAAUUUAUAAUUAACAUUGUAAAAUAAAAUGUAUUUAAAAUUAUUUCCUUUAUUAUAUUAAACAAUUAAUUCUAUUUAAUUUAAUUAUUUUUGAAAUUAAUAUUUUUGUAUAGUUCAUUUAGUAAGCAGAGACAACCGAUGUAUCGACAAAAGGACGUGUCGAUCCUUUCGCGAAUUUUUAUCUUUGUGGAUCGUUUUGUUGAUGCUAAAAACGUCAACUAUACAUUUUAUCAAUAUAUUUCAUUUUUAUAUUCCAUUGCAAUAUGAAUAGCGUCAUGAAGAUCGACGAACGUGAACGUCAAGGAGCUUCUACGAGUUUGAAAAAAGAAGAUACAUCUUUAACAGUGUUAAUAACAGAACCAUGUCCUGAAAUAAAACCUUUAAUGGACUCUAAAAGUUCACAAAUUCGUAUUGUUCGUGGUAAUAAAAGAUUUAAAGUAGAUAAUACCGAUUGUACUAAUUGUAGUGAAAAAAAAGAUUUCAAGGAAGAUGACAAUGCGGAAGCAAAAGUUAGGUCUUUAAAGCGGUCUUGUGAAUUGUGGUCGAUGGAAGAUAAGAAUACUUUUUUUAAAGCUCUUAAUGAAUAUGGUAAAGAUUUUGAUGCUCUACAAAACUUUUUCCAAAUUCAAGGAAAGAGAAAAGGUCUAUCAGACAUUAUGAUUAAGAACAAAGAACAAAUAAGGCAUUUUUAUUACCGGACAUGGUUAAAGAUAUCGAAGCAUCUUAAAUUUUCAGAAGAUGUAAAGAAAACCUCACAAGAAUUGUACGGUUUAAUAAAUUACGGUGAGCUAAGGAGAAAAUUGCCUCGCAUACAUGAGAAGGUACAUUUAAAAUUAAAUGAAUUGAUCUAUUGGGGAUCAACGCAAGUGAGACUUCGUGGGAAAACAAUGAGAAUAAAAACACCGAUAUGCAAAGUCUUAAGAAAACUUAACCAGUUGGAAGAUUGGCAGGAAGAAAUAAAGCUACCCUCUAGGGUGACUGUAGAAUUAAGGCCUCGCAAUAACAUGGCAUGGUGGAAGGUUCAGGCGUCUGCUAUGAAUCCAAGGGUACGUACCCUUCUCCCGAUACAAAGACGUCUUUCUAGUUUGCUUAUAUUUUUGCAACAACGAUGGCAACCCUCGAAAUACAAAACUUAUAUCAACACUUUGAACGUAAACGUGGAGGAUGCAAAAGAUGUUGACCUUUUGCAUGUUGCACCACCGGAAGGUUGUAAAAUUGUAUUGCCCAAGGUGAAUCUAGGCGAGUAUUUGACAAGUAAUAGCGUUAGUUUGAACUCGUACGAAAAACGUCUCGGAUUGAAAAGUUCGCGAACCGAGUUGUUGGGUGCAGUACAACACUUGAAGGGUGUCAGUAAAAAAGGAAUAAAGAGAUGCAGGUUGGACAAAAGAUGUUUGGAAAGGACAACGAGCGAUCAAUGUACAGCGAACGACAACAAUAGUGACAUUGAUCUUGCCGAUUCAGCUGCGAGUUUAUACGACAAAUCCGCGAUUCUAAAUAAUGAAAAGAAAUCUUCUAUAGAAGAGGCAACCGAACCAAAUAGAUUUCCGGGUAGAGAAACAAUUGACAGGAUUCGUAGAGGUUGGAAUGUUGAGGAAGCGAAUACGAUGACGAUGGGUGAUCUAUUUCUUAUGUUUGGACGCGAAUCAAAAAUAACUUUAGAAUAUUGGUGGAACUCCCAACAACCAUGGAGAGAACACAGUGCACAAACGUCGUUAGGAGUUACGCAAGAUGAUAGUCUUUGUUUGGCGUUACAAAAACUGUUGUCUUUAGCAAAACAAAAUUAUGGAAUGAAUAAAGUCUACGAUAAUGCGUCAGGAAGUAAUGAGACCGUGAUCUCGUCGCGAGUACUUUCUAGUAAAGAAUCAGCUUUUAGAAGACCACUGAUACCACAAACUUAUCACAAAAUCGGAGCACCUGAUGCUUUUAAAACACAACUCGAUAAAUUUAAAACGCGUUUCUGUAAGAGAGGCAGAACAGUCAGGCAAAAGAAUCUUAUCGUUCAAAGAGUAUUACCGAUAACACUUAAUGGCAACGUUCAAUCGGAAAAUGUGAUCUUGCCUGAUACACCAACGACCAGUCAAAGUAAUAAUAAUAGUAAUAAUGCUAGUAAUAACAAUAAUAAUAACAAUCAAUCGGUGGACGGCAGCGUUAUACAGGAUGACAAAAUAACAGAGGUAGAUGAGCAAAGAAAUAAACAUUUCUUACCGAUGGAUGGCAUCGAAUCGGAAUCUAAUCCGAAACCAACGAAUUCUAUUAUAACCAGUGCUACGCAAAUACUUAAAGAGGGUGAAUGGUUGAAUAGCGAGGUCGCCGAUUUUUCGUUAAGUAGCUUUCUAGGACAGCUAGAAUCACCGUUAAAAGCCUCUCAAAGAAGUCAACUUGGAGGACAUACCGUCGAGGACGUUCGACCCUCUUCAGACGUUGUAUCGCACAUGCAAUGUUUGAUGGCCGAAAACAGCGUGGAUUACAUGGCAAAGUUUGCAAAUCUUGCAUCACAAAUUGCGGAUGAUGAACAUAAGGCGCAAAUAUUGUAACGGAAAUUUUUAAAAAUGGUACCUGACUUGACAACUUAGUCUUAUAACUAAUUGCUUCAAUCAUCGAUAUUCUUACACAUUUUUAUAUAUAUAUAUAUUUAUAUAAGUAUAAUAAUAAUUAUAAUU